CGCCCACCUAAUCUUCUCUCCAGCCCUGCUUGACUCAGUCAAGAAAUGCUGCAUAUUUCAACUAGAACUUUAAUGCUGUUUGGCACAGGAUUUUUAACAGUUUUGUGUCCAGUGGUCAGUAUAGAGGCUCUGCCAGGAGAAAAUGUUGCUAUUUGGUGUGAACACAACAUCCAUGUUAUUGCAGACUUGUGCUGGUUCACGCAAUCAUCGUAUGUUGUACCAAUAAAAAUUGUGUGCAUGAAGUACACUCAUAGUUUUCAAAGUGCUGAGGCAAAAUAUUUCUCCAAUUUCACAAUGAAUCAGAUGAUCAUGCAUCUGUACCGUAAAUCCACCUCUUUAACAAUACUGUCUGUGAGAGUUUCUGAUUCUGGCUUCUACUUUUGUGGAGCUGCUGAAUAUCAAAUCAAAUUUGGCAAUGGAAGCAGACUGGAAGUCAAAGAUAAGAAAGAUAUGUCAAGAAAAAAUGACACAGAAACCUUGACAAAUGAUCAUGAUAAAUCAUCUGUGUCUGAUGAUGAUGAUUGUUCUGGAAACAUCUUUUUAAUCCUGACAUUCAUAUUUGGUGGAUUUAUUAUUUUUACUUUCAAUAUUCUGCUCAUUUUGGUCAUUAUCAGAAAACACAGAAGACAAAGAAAAGGUUUUUUCACAGUUUUGUGUCCAGCGUUCAGUAUAGAGGUUCUGAAAGGAGAAAAUGUUACUAUAUGGUGUGAACACAAUAUCCAUGUUACUGGAAAGCUGUGCUGGUUCAAGCAAACAUCUUAUGCUGUACCAAUAAAAAUUGUGUGCAUGCUAUACACAGAGAGUCGUCAAAAUGUGGAACCACAAUAUUGUUCUAAUUUCACAAUGAAUCACAUGAUUAUGGAUCUGUACAGUAAAUCCACCUCUUUAAAAAUACUGGAUGUGAAAGUUUCUGAAUCUGGGUUAUACUUUUGUGGAGUUGUGGAUUAUCUAAUGAAGUUUGGCAAUGGAAGCAGACUGGAAGUUAAAGAUAAGAAUGAAAUGUCAAGAAAAAAUGACACAGAAACCUUGAAAAAUGAUCAUGAUAAAUCAUCUGUGUCUGCUGAUGAUUGUUCUGGAAACAUCUUUUUAAUCCUGACAUUCAUAUUUGGUGGAUUUAUUAUUUUUACUUUCAAUAUUCUGCUCAUUUUGAUCAUUAUCAGAAAACACAGAAGACAGAAACAGAGAAAAGCGGCUGAACACCAAGAACAACAGCAAGAUCACAAGGAGCAGGAAUCUGAUUCAGUUGAAUAUUCUGCUGUGCAUUUCUCAAAAAAGAAACCUAAAAGAAGAGAAAGACAGACUGAUACAAUAGAUAUAUAUCAGAUGUAUUGAUGCCACAUGAUGUAUAACUCACUUAUUCAAACUUUUGUUCAUAAAAUAUUUCUUUUUUUUUUAUAAUUAACACUUUACAGUUACUAUUACAAUCUAAAAAGUGCUGGGUUGUUUUAAUCCAGGGUUGGGUCAGUAUUGGACAGAACACUGCUGGGUUAUUAUUAUUAACCAUGUAUUUUGAUACAUGCUUUUUGCUAAUCCUGAUAACAACAAAAGUAUGCUGAUAUUGCUGAAUUUAUAGUAUAUUAAUAUGUAUAAUAAGUGAGUUUUAUAGAGAAUAUGGUUAAAUUACACAGAUUUGAAUUUGUUGGGGUUUGUCCUUUUUAAACCCAACGCUGGAUUGAAAAUAACUCAGUAUUUUUACAGUGUGUGUUGGUUUUCGCACAAAUCUCUUUAUAGACACUUAUAGCUAUAAGGACUGUCUGCUGUUAUGUUUUGUGAUUGACAGGUUUGUCAUAGCCUGUUUAUGGAAUAAACCGCACCCCUUUAAAUAAACCACAUUACUCUCCUCCUCCUACAGUAGUUUCUUUAUUGUGUUUAGUGUGAUACACCAAUGACAUAUAUAUGAAUUUCAGCUCUGUUGAUCUGUGUCAUAACCCACUUUAACUGAUCAAUACAGUAAAUAAAUUGGAGAUUAAGAGUGAUUUUAUUUAUCUACUGCAGUGAUUCCCAACCUUAUAUUCCAGUGUUAUGAUCCUGUCUCUUUGUCACAGUUUUCUGACCCUUUGUGACAGGAUCUUGGCAGGUCUCUGUGUUUUGUGUGGAAGCACAUGGCCAUUGGUUGUUUUCAGUGUGCUUCCCUGUCUCGUCUCCUGACCCCGCCUCUUGUCUUUUUGUUAAGAAUAUUGUAACUGUUUCUUGCACCUCUUAAUUUUCUCCGUUAUUUAUUGUCCUUGUGUUUGCUGUCUUGUGCAAAUUUGUUUUAAAAGUCUACUAGUGUUUAGUGAACUCUCUUGAAUUAGUCUAGUGAGCCUGUUGUGUAGUUUAUCUAUUGUGAAGUUCAAGUUUUGUUUAAGUCUGUUCAUUAUGUUGGAUGCGUGCCUUCAGUUUGAGGUUUACCAGAGAACUUAAAUCAGCAGUCAUGAGGUUGAGUCAAGGUUGAGGGAGGUGUUAAGUCCGGCCCUUUCACAACAACACAAGAAAAUGUUUCCUUCCAUCCUUUAAAUAGCAAUAGACAAUAACAUCUAUUCA